AUGCCUGCUCCGGACGAGUCUGACGAGGCCCUGCCUGAGCCACAGGCAGAUCAAGUCUCCCUCCUUGAUACCAUCGACAACCUCAGAGGUCUCGGUGUCGGUGUAUUUGUUGACUUGCCGCAGAUGAUUAUCUGUGGUUCCAAGUCCAACGCAAAGCGUUCUAUUAUCGAAUCAAUUUCUCGUGUGGACUUUCCAGUGAGGAAGGAUUUCCACACUGGGUUUGUUACAGAGGUCGUGUUACGCCAUCAGUCAACUCCACGCUUCAAAGUUAGCGUCCGCCCUGGCCCAUCGAAGAAAAGCGACGAAGACUUCGAGAACCUUAGACCUUUCGUGUCUACUGUUCAUGAAAGUCCUGAGCAGUCAGUAUCACUGAUUGAACAAGCCGCCGAAUUCAUUACACCCUCUGUCGAGGAUGGCUUCAGUGACGAUGUCCUCAUCGUCGAGGUUUCUGGUCCCGAUCAACCUGACCUCACCCUUGUCGAUAUGCCCAGGCUGUACUUCGCGGAAGGAAUCGAUGGUGGAUAUGAAGCAAAGAGCUUUGGCCGUCUUCGCAUCGAAAGUUACGUGCUCAAUGCACGCAGCAUCAUUCUCCCUGUGGUAUCGGCAAAAAUCGAAAUUUGUGCUCAAAGGAUAACCGAUUUUGCUGACAAGUAUGACCGAGGACGACAGAGGAUCUUAGGAAUUAUCACCCAUCUCGAUACAAUCGAAGGAUCGUCAGACGAGGAAAAGCUAUGGCUGAAGGCUAUCAAAGAAGCAACAUCCGAACUGCCACUGGGCUUGCAUUUAGUGUGCACCCGAUGUUAUGAGACACGCGAUGUGCCUGACGAAGAGAGAGACGAGAAGGAGAAGGAGUUCUUCGAGCGAGGGGAUUGGAAAACUGUGGAAACACAAUCCAAAGGAACCAACAACCUUCGGCGUCGACUCAGUACUCUUCUUUUGAACCACGUUCAAAGCAGCCUCCCGGAUCUGGUUUCCGAAAUCAACCAAAGUAUUCUGGAAAAUCAACUGACGCUGGCCAAGUUAAACGCUCCUCGAGGAACCAUUCGGCAGAAAGAAGCUUUUCUUUUCAAUCUGAGCAGUGAUUUUCAGCGCAUAACCGAACAAGCAUUGAAUGGCAUGUACACAGACGACUUCUUUGCUACCUCGGGCAAACUUAAGACUCGUGACCCUCGACGUCUUCGUGCUCUCAUUCGUGACUUGAACGAGAAUUUUGCACACGUUAUGGAGGUCUACGGUUGCCACCAAUUCAUUCAUGGGGUCAACAAUCCGAUACUCUCGUUGCCACACCCUUGCAACCCUUACGCAAAGAUCAGACGACCGGAACACAGGAGUCGAUUCGAUUUCGAACUAGAAGUCAUUGAACAAAUGUCCCGCGACCGAGGACUUGAAUUUCCAGGCAGUUCUAGUCACCUCCUGAUCACCCAGAACUUUGUGUCGCUUCUCCUGGACCACCUUACGGAUAAACACACAUCUGUGGUAAUAAUGCGGAUCUUAAUCCAACCCCAUCUUGAUGGAAUGAAAGGCAAACUAUUGGCAAAGGUAGACGAGUUGACUGCUUCCCACAAGCGAGACCACCCAAUGCCUAUGAUUGGAAGCUUUCUUCGAGGUCAUCCAUUGCCUGUUGAGCGAAGCUUCCUUGCCAGGAUGCAAAAAUCCAGAAAUGACCGCCUGCUCGCCAACCUACAGCAGAGCCUUCCUUCAACUGUGAACAAUACUUUCAACACUUUCAACAUGGAGGAGCUUAAGGUGGCUACUCAGAACGUGGAGUUAGUAUGCAACCAGGCCGCAGCUUCGGACAUCGUCGACCAGUUCCAAUCAUAUUACAACAACGCGCUUAUGAUCUUUAUAGACAACGUUGCAACUCUCGGGAUUGAAAGUUGCCUCCUCAGCCCUCUGAAUGGCGUCUUGACAACCCAAAAGAUCGCCAACAUGGACGAUAGCCAAAUUGAAGACCUUUUCGCUGGUAUAUGCGAUGGGGUACAGAGCUGGCGAAACGAAGUAAAUGGUGACUUGGAGAAGCUGCAAACGAGCCUGCAAGUAUUGAAAGAAUUCAAAUUUGCAAAGGAAUCAACGCCAAGAAUUAGAACAAUCAAGCAUCCUGGACAAUGUUCAGCUUAUGAUUGUCCAUCUCAGGAGUCGUUCCUCGUACCACAAGGGAUUCUUUGCAAUGGUACAUCUGCCAAUCCUUUCGGGGUACUAUGUGCGGAUUCCAGAGUUCAGGGCCAGAACAGCACACCCGGCCAUCAACUCUCGUGGCCAUACACUUCGGCGUCUAACAUGCAGACUUCAGCCACACCUUGCCCCAGUGGUCCAUCCGGCUUGAACCCCAGUGUGGUCAAUGGUGGGACAACGAGCGCUCCACCUGUAUCUUUCCCAUUUGCGGGCCAUAAUCAAAGCUUCAAUCAACGUCCUGGGAAUUCCGGCCCAAGUCUAUUCUCUGGGUCUACACUUCAGCCUCCUCGAACUUUUACACCCAGCACGUUCCGGUCUCCCUCUACUCGGCCUGUUCCAUCCCGUGCACCCGACACUCGUGAUCACGAUCGCAAUUGGUAUUGGGAGGAGAGGGACAUUCGCAAUACUGGAACUUUCGCCAAUCCUGCAACUUUCACCAAUCGAUACCACUCAAUUUGUUACCACGAGCGGUACAGAAAUUUCUCACCAGAGGAGCUGCGAUUGGCUGACUAUGAGCUCGGCCGUGAGACACCCGAGCAGAUGAGAACAGGGCCUAUUGCGAGAGCGAUUCGAGAAGCUCAGGCUGACCUUACGUUCAGAGCACCAUCUUUGCUUUGA